AUGUGCUCUCUCAGCACAGGUCUGGAUGUCUGCACCAAACAAUUAGCUGAGGACUUGUUACUCAGAUAUAAUGCCGAUUCUGCCAUUGGCCCAGAUGCUGGUGUUAAAAUUGCAAACCAUAUCGUUGCUGACUUUACCGAUAAUGAUACUUCCCGUCGGGCGAACGUAGUGUUAGUUAACCAAAAAGCUAACGCUACCUCUGGUUCUUGCAAGGAACUACCUUCCAUUACAUCCUUUUCUCCCUCCGUCUGCGCUAGUGGGGCCUCAUUUACGGGUAUCGAAUCUAAUGCCGGAGGUUCCAGAAGAACAGCAGAAUCUUCUCGAAUAAAUAUCCCUCUCACUGUUGCUCGUGUGAGGUCACAGCGGUUCGGCUGUGUUCAGUGCAUUGAGGUCUGUUCACAGGCUUGUUAG